UAAUAAUAAUAGUAAUUUUUUUCUUUUAAGUAAAAAUAAAUAAAAUAAGAAAUCUUGAAACGAAAGAAGAAGCAGAUUGGCAUUUUUCUUUAUCAUCGCCACCAGCACCUCACCACAUACUUCCAUACCACGCCAAACAUUCCCUUGGCAAGCACCACCACCAACCCACCUCUCUCUCUCUCUCUCUAACUGCUUUACUCUAUUUACAUAUAUACCCCUCUCUUCAUUCCCUACCCUUCAAGCUAUUCCUCACUCACUCACUAACACACAUACACACACGCACGCUCUCCUGCUCUUUGAGAUUUCUCGUUUCUAAACAAGAAGUGGAGCGCGUCGGUACACGCGUUCCGUUAUGCCCGUAACUGUUUGAUAUCGAAUUUUCAUGGUUCCCUUGGAGGGAAACCGACUUAGCUAUUCCGGAGUAUAAUCGGAUGCUUGUCUAACAUUUCUGUAUCUUUUAUGUACUCCAAUUAAUAUAACCCACGUCAUCACUUUAGACAAAUUGUGGCUUUGAUUCGUACUGUUGUAUGCGAUCCCACGAUCCUUCACCGUGCUUGAUUAUUACCCACCUCCGCUCAAUUUGCGAAGUGUAACAGAUUUAAUAGCUGUCUGUAGCUCCUCCUUCUCACUUUCGCACUCUCUUUCUCUCUCUCUCUCUCCAACUCCUUCGUCUCUGGUUUCAAGAGCAAAGUAAGGUUUCAGAGCUAUUUCUCGGUUCUCCAGAGUUGCCUGCAUUUCAGUAUAACAUGGAGAAUGAUUCAUUUCCUCCUUCAUCGGAGACCAAUACCGCGGCUCCGAACUCACCACGGUUCGCCAUGGCGGUUGGCUCAGCUAGUAACCAGACUUUCACCGAUAUAUCGCCAGAUACCAGAGACUUCGGCACACAUUUCUUCUCAAUGUACCGCGCAACUGUUCAGCCGCAGUCUCCACAGAUCCCGAGUUCCCUGUCCCUCACUCCAUCUACCAGGUCCUCCUCCAUCGGCGCCGAUGGCGAGGAGAACGCCACUGAGCGUCGCCUAAAUCUAGCUCGACUCAUCCUUGAAAGCAAAGAAAACAAUUAUGACCUCAUCCAAAAGCACCUCCAGGACCUUAACAAGGAGGUCGACUUCCUCCGUCAUGAAAACGCCGAGUUACGAUCGAUUAACAGCGAACUUCUCGAGCUCAUCUCUUCACGGGCAGCUUUCCGGAGUUUGCUACUCUCGUCUACCAAUCAAUCCCUAAUCGAAACCUUUUGCAGCCUUGAUAUUGGCGGUCUUUGUAGUAAUACUACUACUACUACCAAUAAUAAUACUAAUGAUAGCUCUGGCUUGGAUGAUUUCUCUGACAUCAGUCCAACCAGCGUGAUGGAGACCAACAGAUUCGAAAGGCGAAAUCCAGAUCAGCGAGUCACUCUCCCUAAAAGCAUUUCUGUUCGUUCCACAGGCUACCAGAAGGUCAAUCCUGGUUCGAGCAGAGAAGGUCCAAGUCGCGCUUCAACCAAACCACGAACAGUCCCGACUCAAUCAGUCUCUGGAACGCAAAGGGUGUAUGUGCCUGGAGUAAACGGUACUAAUGGUAGCAGCAGCAGUGGUGGGAUCCAGAAGGAGGAGCAAGAGAAUCUGUCUGGGUUGGAAAUGGAGGUGUACAACCAAGGGAUGUUCAAGACAGAGCUCUGCAACAAGUGGCAGCAGACUGGGGCAUGUCCGUACGGGGAGCAUUGCCAGUUUGCCCAUGGCUUGGACGAGCUCCGACCUGUGAUCAGACAUCCUCGUUACAAGACUGAGAUUUGCAGAAUGGUUCUGGCUGGCGAUCCCUGCCCUUACGGCCACAGGUGCCAUUUCCGUCACUCCCUCACUGAGCAGGAGAAGUUGAUGCUGCCUCAUUGAUCACCAUGGAAGUGAAAUUAUACCCUUUAGCAGGCAGAUUAAGGCUCUCAUUAAUCUCAUCGUCAUCCCUCCCUUUUAGUCUUAAUAUCGAAUGAUAAAUUGGGUUAUAAUUCAUUCAAUAAUGCUGGUCAAUCUAAUGAACUGUGAUGAUUGGGGAAUAUGUAUAUAGAAACUUAAUGAUCAAACUGUGAUUAAAACAAACGUAAGUACAGACAAUAUGAUGUGGAAGGAUAAAAUUGUAAUAAAUUGAUAAGAGAGAACAAAUUAGGAUGAUAAUAUUUUUGUUGAAGUGGGGAUUCUAGAUAUAUGGAGUGCGAACGAAAAAGCUGAAUGUUGUUUUUACAUUUCUAGGACAUGAUGGAGAAAGUAAUCAGAAAUAUUAUUUUGUUUUUCUUUCUUUAUUUUUUUUUUCAAUCUUUUUGUAUAAUUUCUUGAUUAGCUCAUUGUUCUCCUUUCGGAAAUAAUAUUGGCUUUCUGAGCA